UUCCUCCUCCUCCUCCUGGGGCAGCUGCUCUGGGCGGCUGAUUGAGUCAGCCUUAGUCCCUCACUGCACGUCUCCUGAAGUUCAGCCCUGAAACUCGGCUGCCAGGGGAGCCGAAGUCACCCUACGAAGGUGUCUGAGCCAUACUGGACCCCUCCAGGGAGCCACGUGUGCCCAGAUGGGGCACUGCCCCAGCUGAUGCCCCACAGGGGUCCCCCGUCUCAAGAGGGACUCUGGACCCUGCCCUGCCUCCUCAUGGCGCAUGAGCCAGAGCCUGAGACUGAUGGACUGUUAGACCUCAGCUUCCUGACAGAAGAGGAGCAGGAGGCCAUUGCCGACGUCCUGAAGCGAGAUGCCCGCCUUCGCCAGUUGGAGGAGGGCCGGGUCAGCAAGCUCCGGGCCUCGCUGGCAGACCCCGGGCAGCUGAAGAUCCUGACGGGAGACUGGUUCCAGGAAGCGCGCUCACAACGGCACCACCAUGCCCACCUUGGCUCUGACCUUGUCCGAGCCUCUAUCCGCAGAAAGAAGAGCUCCAGGGGUGAGAGGAGAUCCCUAGGGUCGGGCUGGCUGCACACAGGCCAGGGCACUGGGUAUACAUGGACAGGAAGAGAGGGCCCCUGGUACUGUGUGUCUUUGGGUGGGCACCACCCCUCCCAGGAGCAGGAGGUAAGUGAGCAUCUUCAAAGGCCAGACUUCCUGAGACUGAGGGUUCACAGAACUUCUCACCCAGGCACGGGAGACCAGGCUCCAGGCAGCGAUAGGGAGGCUGAGGCUGCUGAAGAAGAAACUGAAGAGGAGCUGGAGCCCAGGCUCCCCACGGACGAGGCCCCCCAAGAGAUGCUCAGCAAGGCUGAGGAACCUGAUUCUCCCUCACCAUAUGUCCCCCUAAAGACUUCAGAGCAGGAGGAAGAGCCCCAGGCCCAGGAAGCACUGGGGCCUGAAUCUGCAGGUCACCAGGGUCGCAAACCAGUCCCUCCACAUUGGCUCAGGGGCGGGCAGGAGAGGGCCACGCUCAGCAGCUUGUGCCCCAUCCCAGCCCCGGGCCCAGGGGCCCCACAGGUCUACGCGGUGGAGGAGGACCCGGAGCCCAAGCCGAGGUCGCGGGGAGAGGAGCCACCGCCUACUACAGCCCAGACCCAGGCGGCGCCAGAGAUCCUGGAGAACGGAGAGGAGGCCCCGGGGCCCGGCCCCUCACUCGACCGCAUGCUCAGCAGCAGCUCCUCCGUGUCCAGCCUCAACUCCUCCACGCUGAGCGGCAGCCAGUUGAGCCUGUCCGGGGAGGCGGAGGCGGGCGCCGUGCAGGUGUGCGGCUCUGUGCACUUCGCGCUGCGCUACGAGCCGGGCACCGCGGAGCUGCGCGUGCACGUGAUCCAGUGCCAGGGCCUGGCGGCCGCGCGACGCCGCCGCUCGGACCCCUACGUCAAAAGCUACCUCCUCCCGGAUAAGCAGAGCAAACGCAAGACGGCGGUGAAGAAAAGAAAUCUGAACCCGGUCUUCAAUGAGACUCUGCGGUACUCCGUCCCGCAGGCCGAGCUCCGGGGCCGCGUGCUGAGCCUAUCCGUGUGGCACCGCGAAAGCCUUGGUCGCAACAUCUUUCUGGGCGAAGUCGAAGUGCCUCUGGACACGUGGGACUGGGGCUCUGCAUCCACCUGGCUCCCCCUGCAGCCCCGGGUCCCGCCCUCUCCCGAUGACCUUCCCAGCCGCGGGCUGCUCUCUCUGUCGGUCAAGUACGUCCCCGCCGGCUCCGAGGGCGCGGGACUGCCCCCCAGCGGGGAGCUGCACUUCUGGGUGAAGGAAGCUCAGGGCCUCGUGCCGCAGCGCUCAGGAACCCUGGAUUCCUACGUACAAUGUUCAGUGCUGCCUGAUGACAGCCGGGCCAGCCGCCAAAGGACAAGGGUGGUUCGACGCAGCCUCAGCCCUGUGUUCAACCAUACCAUGGUUUAUGAUGGCUUCGGGCCUGCUGACCUGCGCCAGGCCUGUGCUGAGCUCUCCCUCUGGGACCAUGGGGCCCUGGCCAGCCGCCAGCUGGGGGGUACACGCCUCAGCCUGGGCACAGGCAGCAGCUAUGGGCUACAGGUGCCCUGGAUGGAUUCCACACCAGAGGAGAAGCAGCUGUGGCAGACACUCCUGGAGCGACCAUGCGAGUGGGUGGAUGGCCUUCUGCCCCUCAGAACCAACCUGGUCCCCAGGACAUAGUUCUCCUAUAAGCCACCCAACUCCUCUCGGGACCCCCAUCUCAGGGCCUGCCCUUGGCUAAAACCAAUAAAGUUUAUUCUAAGGGCA